CCGGGCCCGGGCCGAACGGCUGCGGGGCCCCGGGCACCGAGGAGCCGAGCGCCGCCACCGCUGCCUCCGGCAUGGAUCAGUGCGUGACGGUGGAGCGCGAGCUGGAGAAGGUGCUACACAAGUUCUCGGGCUACGGGCAGCUGUGCGAGCGCGGCCUGGAGGAGCUCAUCGACUACACCGGCGGCCUCAAGCACGAGAUCCUGCAGAGCCACGGCCAAGAUGCUGAAUUAUCGGGGACACUUUCACUUGUUUUGACACAAUGCUGUAAAAGAAUAAAGGAUACUGUUCAAAAAUUGGCCUCAGACCACAAAGACAUUCACAGCAGUGUUUCUCGGGUUGGAAAAGCCAUUGAUAAGAAUUUCGACUCUGACAUCAGCAGUGUGGGAAUUGACGGCUGCUGGCAGGCAGACAGCCAGAGGCUCCUCAAUGAGGUGAUGGUGGAACACUUCUUCCGACAAGGCAUGCUGGACGUGGCUGAGGAGCUCUGCCAGGAAUCUGGUCUCUCUGUAGACCCAAAUCAGAAAGAACCAUUUGUGGAGCUAAAUCGAAUAUUAGAAGCGUUAAAAGUCAGAGUUCUGAGACCUGCUCUGGAAUGGGCAGUAUCAAACCGAGAAAUGCUCAUAGCCCAGAACAGCUCCUUGGAAUUUAAGCUACACAGACUGUAUUUUAUUAGCUUGUUAAUGGGUGGAACUACAAAUCAGCGAGAGGCAUUACAGUAUGCUAAAAAUUUUCAGCCAUUUGCCCUAAAUCAUCAAAAAGACAUUCAGGUUUUGAUGGGAAGCCUUGUGUACCUGAGGCAAGGGAUUGAGAACUCACCAUAUGUUCACCUGCUUGACGCAAACCAGUGGGCUGACAUCUGUGACAUCUUUACACGGGAUGCCUGUGCCCUCCUGGGGCUCUCUGUGGAGUCCCCUCUCAGUGUCAGUUUCUCAGCAGGUUGUGUGGCCCUGCCAGCUUUAAUUAAUAUCAAAGCUGUGAUCGAACAGAGGCAAUGCACUGGAGUUUGGAACCAGAAAGAUGAAUUACCUAUUGAAGUGGACCUUGGUAAAAAGUGCUGGUAUCACUCUAUAUUUGCCUGUCCCAUUCUUCGUCAGCAAACAACAGACAACAACCCACCCAUGAAAUUGGUCUGUGGUCAUAUUAUAUCAAGAGAUGCCCUGAAUAAAAUGUUUAAUGGUAGCAAAUUAAAGUGUCCAUAUUGUCCAAUGGAACAAAGUCCAGGAGAUGCCAAACAGAUAUUUUUUUGAAGAAAUAACUUUAGAUUGCAAUUUGUAAGUGAAACUGAAUUGUGGGUGCAUUUCGGAAGAGAACGUUCCAUUUAAUGCAGCUAACCAAGGACUCCCGGGUUUAUAUAUAAGCUAAUGCUCCGGAAACUUUGCCAACAUUUUAGUACACACACACUGAGGGGAGUGCUCCAGAUGAAUGUUAUCAUAGGGCUUUAUUAUAUUCUUGGUCUUCAUUUCUGAUCAAGUAAAUACACCAGCAGUUGUCAUUCAAUGCAGGUUUUUGUACUUAAUUAAAUGGUGAUUUUUUUACUUUUUAAGAGCAAAAACAGAAGUUGACCUCCCCGCCUUGUGUUUAAUAUUUCUCCUGCUUUUACUUUUGUCGUUUUCUUGAUAAUUGUAAGCUUUGAGAAUUUUGUGGAGAAGUGUUAUUCCCUGUUAUGUAUACAUAAUUAAAUGAAAAUUACUCAGAAAAAAGUUUGAUAAAUGGAAUUGUGGUUAUAAAACUAAUUUGUGUUUUUAUUUGCUUAAGGAAGAAAGCUGUGAUAGAUUCCAAAUUUGCUUUUUGCCGUUUUCCUCUGCUGCAGCUCUCACUAAGGAGUUUGCACCACCCGUGUUCGGGCUCUCUUUGUAGCCCCAGUGGGCUGCCUGUUUAAAAUUCCAUCACGAAUUGGCAGGUUGGGGUAACAAGUCUUCCACUAGAACAGAGUGGAAUGAAUGAGUCCUAUUGUUUCUUUGCUUUUAUUGCUAAGAGGUGCUUGCUUUAAAAGUGUGUUCAAUAAAAUGAAAUUCUAAAGUUAGAAGUGUUCUUAAGUUGCUCUUCGCUCUCUCGGUCUUGGUAGCACUGUUCUCUGAAAUUUGCCUUCAGGACUUGGCUGUCUUCUGCAUUGUAUAUCAUUGCAUACACAGUGUUGUGUGUGUGUGUGUGUGUGUGUACCAGCAUCAGACAUUGUGUAUCUGGAAGGGAAGAAGCAUGUUCCAGUCCUAAAUUGCAGUUACCAGUCUCAUCACUUUAAAUCUUUAAAGUUAGAAGCUAGCAAAUUUUCUGUAUGCAGAAUAUGUUUAUUGCUGUUUUUGUAUUUGAGUAGUAUACUGUUGUAUUCAGUGCUUCUCUUCUGCAGAGCAUAUCAUCUCAUUGACUGUGAAUCUGUAUACUGUUCUGAUGGAUACAGGUAAUGAUCUUUUCUCUUGUAAGGUAUCUUCAUUUAAUGCACUGUCCAGAAAUAGCUGUGUGUAAGUCUUUCUCUGUGUGAUGAACUACAUGGAAAAGGCUGACUUAGAUCCAUGAGGCUACUUCAUUACGAGAAGAAUAUUAUACAGAAAUCACCAAAUAUUUUAAAACUUUAUUUCGUCUGACAUGGAACGGAACAUCAACAUCAGAAAACUUUCCUGACAAAACAAAGAAGGAAGAAAACACAGAAGCAAAGAGAAGGUGACGCUUCACAUUUUAAACUACAGAGUGACUUCGUUUAGGGAAGGAGAAUAAUGGAUUUGGUGCUAAGUUCAUUGGAAAUUGGCAGCAUCUGCAGAGUUUAUCAGCCUGAAUGGUUUCUCCUGAAGCGUUUACUUGGGGGAGCUGGGAUUCUUUUGUGAAAGAAAAGGUAUUGCUGUGUGUCGCCAGGCUUAAGUUGAGGGCUGCUGCAUGCUGUGUGGGUGAGCCGGGGAUCUUGAUUGGCCUGGUUCCUAGUGCUUGGCUUUGUCCAAUCUCAGUCCGACCUCACAGACUUUUGCCCCAUGUUUCUGCUUCACAGUUGGAACCUUCUAUAAAAUUCUCUUUCCCUUCACUAAAGCAGUGGAGGAAGAGAACAUAGAGAAGGUAGAGAAUUCCAGGCAAUACUCUGGUUGAUUGUAUAAAACCUGUUUUAUUAUAUAUAUAUAUAUUUUUUUUUUUUCUUUUGAAUUAAAACCCAGACUGUCAUCUUUUUUACCCAUUUCUCCUUACAUCACAUUUAGCUUUAUUCUGAUUUUAUCACACAAACACCUACACAACAUUUAGCCUUCACAUAGGGUUUGAACAAUACAGACCUUGCUGUAGGUAGAGGCUGGUGGUAAUGUUUUCGGGCCAGACACUUGACCCAGUUUCCUUGGGCCACUUCCAAAGACAAAGCCAGAGCCGCUUUGUCCCCUUUCCAGGGUGGGGAAUCCUGUUGGCAGUUUUCUCUGCAGCUCAUGAAACUUCCUUUAACCGAACAUGAAUAGUUAAAGAAUACGCUUUACCUGAAGCAUGUCAUUAUACAGCUUCCUCUGCAGGGUCCCUGUUGUCCAAUCAGACAGGGUUAGGGCCAAAAAAUUGAAAUUCUGCUGAUCUGACAAUAUGGAAAAUGAUGUCAUCUGACCUUCUUUAAGUGCAUGGGCUGAGAACUCAUUGGAGACUAAUGCUGAAGGUGAGAUGGACUUGAAGAGGCCAGACCUUAACCAAAGAUGCUGAAAUACAGUGUGCUGUCCUUCCUAUUCUAGAAGCACCUUCACAGAUGGUGUCAGGACCACAUCAUCGCUGCUGUCCCUUCAGCAGUGUGGAAGGAUGCACUAUGUCUGUCUCUGCCUCCCCUUGUAAAAGGUAGUGACGCAGCCAAGGUGUUUACAGUCAGUUAAUUAUAACAGUGUACAUUGAAAAUAGAAUUUCAGAAUGGUUUCUUACAUUUCUUUGGGAACCAUUUCUUUUUAUCAGCUGUGGACAAAGGCCAUGGGACUCUGCUGAACCACUGAAACUUUACUGUCGAAUCCUUAGAUUCUGACUUACCCAAAACAUCUGCGGCUAAGGUUGUCUUUCAGUCUUUUUCUCCUCUGUGCGAUGAUCACAGAUGCCAUUUCUAUUGUUUUAGUGGUGAUUAUAUGAAAUUUCUAUACAUAGAUGAACGGGUAUCGGUGCCUCUUAAUUUUAAAAAUUUUAAAGGAAAGGGCCACCUCAUAUUCAUAGGAUGUAUGAGUAUUUUUUGAGUGUGUGAAAAUUUAAUUGAAAAUAAGAAAGCUAUGAAUUAAAUCUUUGGGUUUUUCUGUAGCAGCUAAUGUGUGCAGACACUAAACCCCACACUGAACUGUGGGGAAAGAGGAUCCUUUUUUUCUCUCCAGUGGUCCCACAGGCUCCACACUGUAGGCUCAGCCUUCCUCAUGCUGUGGAUUAUUUCCACUUUGGUGGUUUCAGCCUUGGGACAGUAGAUAUUGCAAAAACCAAGAACUCUUGGUUAUCUGCACAAGACAGACUGCUGGUAGACUUCAUUAGCCCUCUGGUUUUCCAGCUCGACCUCUGAUUAAGUGGGCUGACAGCCAAGCUGGUGGCUCUGUUCAGUCAGCUGACUCAGGUUAUUUUCAGGGAAGGGUGGAGACAUGGUUUGGUUAGUUUCAUCACUGAGGUGCAUAAAGUGAGGACACAGACCAGAUACCUGUCAUCACGUAACUCUGUGUAUGUUGUCUUUGGUAACACUAGGGUGCUGUAGCCAAGGGAAUGUCAGCAAGGAACACACAGAAGGUUUGUACUUCGUAGGCCUGUCCAACUGCGGCAGGUUUUAUGUGGUACCAUUAAUAGUGUCUACCAUAAACAGGUACAAGGUUCAUGAACUGUUCUUACUGAACUAUUAAAUAAAUACCAAAAAUAGGCAGAAUGACAAAUGCAUUUUAAUAGCAGAUGAGGCAAUUAGUUUUAGGGUGAUUUUACUUCAAGACAUAGGAAGAGAAGCAAGGUUUUGUUUUCAAGACAUUUCCCCCUGUGGUUUCCCACCGUAGUAGGCAUAUGCUCCAGUUACUUCCAAAGAGGCGAGAGCAGCUGGAGUUGGCUUAGCGCACGUGCUUUGUUUCAGGUCGUGGGUGAGUACCUGCACGCUUUCUUCAGGGUCACUUCAUAUUCUCCAGCCAGGCAGCUGUGGGUCCACUAGGAUUUGUGCCUGAUCUUUUCUUUUGGGAAGGGGUGGGCUGAAUGUGUGGGAUGGGCAGGAAGCAGGAGAGGAAAACAGGCGUGUGUGUGUGUGUGCAUGUGUCUGGGGAGGACCGCGUGUCUAAUGGAUUUUGCUCAUGACAGCAGUGUGCAUGUAUUUUAUUUUUGUUCCACCUCUGUGAUUUCUAAAUUUGCUCUAAAAGGAUUCAUCAAAUCAUCUUGUUCAGAUGGCUCAGGAUUGUAUUUCUUUUUGCCUACCCUGUGUUCUUGGGUUCUAUAGUAUUUCUAUAAUUAUGUAACAAGAAUAGUGUUGCACUGUAAUCUAUCAUAUAGAGCUAUAUGUAUGGAAAAUUUUGAUCAGUUUUUAAAAAAAUGUAUCCUGUUUGCAAAGGCACAAUAAAGCCGCAACGUAGAAACUAGGCAAUAAAGCUAACAAUAAACCUUCUUUAACACAAA